GCAGAGCUCGAAGUUGUGCUUUUUUCCUACGGUGAUAGCCUCUUACUGACGGCCGUCGAGUCAUCGUAGAGCCGGCCGCAGAAGGCGUCCGGUAUUCACCGCUCUAUUCAUCUUGCGGUGAUUCAUUAAUUUUUUGCAUAUUUUACUUUUGUUAUUAGUGGUGGUCAUGCGAUGUAGUCUUUAGGAAUUUAAUAUAGCGAUUCGGAUGCAUGGACUAUCAAUAUGAAAGCUGAAGCCGAAUUGCUGCAGGACACUUUGACAUGUGGUUCCUGCCAGAAGGUAUUCGUCCUCUCCGAGAUAGUCAAAUUUAUUCAACAUAAAGUUCAUAGUUGCAACAAAGAGAACAACUUUAUAAUUCUUGAAGAUGGCAACCAGCCAGACUUCGACAGUGAUCGGGAAGAACCUCUGGGUCCUCUGGUGUCGGCGUCGAAAGCGCCAAGUAUAUCAGCCCCCAUUUGUAACAGGAAGGGGCUCCAUCACCAGCAUCACCAUCUGCACAGAAAUCGAAAUAGGACGGAAAAGUCAGCCUCGCCAAACAGUUUGAGGUUUGCAAGCGAUGGCCGCCAGCAGGAUAGUGGGACUGCUGGAGGCCAAACAGACAAUUUUUUAGAUAAAGAAUGUGAGGAGAGCAAGAAGGUGACCAAAGAAGAACCGGUGGUAAAGCAGGAAGUUAAAGAUCCUUCUCUGAGGGCGAGUCCUAAAAUUAUGGUCAAUGCUUAUACAAACACCAUAAUAACGGAACCAAGCACUUAUACAUGUAGUACAUGUAAGCAAACGUUUACGUCGGCAUGGGUGUUGGUACAACAUGCUCAGCACAUGCACGGAAUGAAGAUCUACCUCGUGACACCCUACCAUGGCGGACGGAGUUCAUCGAAUCCAUCUUCCUCGGUAGUGCCUCCAUCAGGGCCUCCUCCUUCUCUUAUCAACAACAGCAGCAGUAGCAUAGGCAUACCUCUACCCCCGGUGUUACCUCCGUGCUCCAUGAAUGGCCCCAGUCAUCAUCAGCAUGCCCACCACCAUGGCGUCUUACCUCAGCAAGCCCUCUCUCUGGAAAAUCACCCAGCUCUGCAACUUCUACGAAUGCCACUGGGAGAGAGACAGUUUGCCCCUGGUUCGCUCAAUGCUCCUAAUCUUUUCGCCCGGCCGUCUAGUCAAGAUUUCCGCGUCGAUAUGCUAGCGACAUCCUCUGCUGGCAGUGGCAAUGGCAACAACAGCGCGGAAAGUAGUCAACAAUUUCAUCGACUCAAUCACCAUCACCAACAACACCACCCACCCCACAGUGCUUCCUCUCUACCUGGACUAGGAAUAGGAAGUUUUGAGCCCCAUAAUCCGUUCAUCGACAGGGGACCUCUCGGACUCGACACGAGACCUAGACCACCUCCUAUGAGCUUAGGCUUUGAGCCGCAGAUGGACUUUUAUUCGCAGAGACUCAGGCAACUGGCGGGAGCCACGAGUCCUACUACAGUAACAGCCUCUCCGCGCAAACUCACCCCACCUUUCACACACCCUCCAAUGUCUUCCUCUUCUCAGCCUUCCACUCCUACUUCUACGCCUCAACCCGUACUGAAUCUCCACAGUUCUUCUGGUAGUACACUUACACCAGCUUCCAACCACCAACACAAUAACAACCAAGCUCACAGAGGGUCUUCUGCAUCAUCCACUAGCAGCAAAGGUGGUGGAGCCACAGAUGCAGCAGAGGGCUCCCCUAAGUUGCUCAAGUCAUGGUCUUGCGAGUUUUGUGGUAAAGCAUUUCGGUUUCAAAGCAAUCUCAUAGUGCACAGACGGUCUCACACAGGCGAAAAGCCUUAUAAGUGCCCAAUCUGCAGGCACUCGUGUAGCCAAGCCAGCAAGCUCAAACGGCACAUGAAGACUCAUCAGAGCAACAACGGUAAAUCUACACCAGGUUCUGAAAAUAACAGCAUGGAAUCUCCUAGAUCAACUCCUGAUUCUACAUCAGAGCAGGGAAAGGAAAGAAAUAGGCAAAGACGAAGGAGUCUUGAUGAAGAUGAAGAUGCUUCAGAUGGACAAACAGCGGACAACGAAGAAGAAGAAGAAGAUCUAGACGACGAGGAUGAAGAAGAAGAAGAAGAUGAACUUGAUGAUGAAGAAGAUCUAGAUGAUAGCAACGAAGUUUUGAUGGCAGAAGACCUUAGUACAAGGGGACCAACAAGUUCCACUCCCGUUCCUAGAAGCUCACCUACCUCGGAUCAAAACAAAACACAGAAAUCCACACCUGAGGAUGUGGCAGCCAACAACGACAAUAACAGUAGCAACACUAUUAGUGUGAGCAAUGGCGAGAACGGUAAUAAUAGUAGAGAAAAAGAUAGUUCGAAACCAGAACCUAGGCAUUCUCUUUUAAGUGAAGUCAUGGACAAGAUAGGUUUGAGCAAUAUCCAACAGUACAAUGAAGCUUACCAAAAAGCUUUAGAAGAAAGCUCAUUGAAAAAUUCUUCGAAAGAAGAAACUGACACGCCAAGUCGAGGCAGGACACCAGUGACAGAAAACGGGCCCGAGAAGCUUAAUAACCGGGAAGAUGGCAAUAAUACAAAUAGUCACGGAGGCAGUAAUAAAUCACUCGCUCUCCUACCACAUUCGAUGGACUUUGGCCAUGGUUUCUUCGGUGCCUUCGACUAUCAUCAUCACCAUCACCAUAACGCGUUUGAGGCAAGCAAACGGUUAAAGUUGGACAUUGCUGACCACUUACGAAGCAGCAACGACAGAGAUUCUCUGUACGCUGGUCUGUGGUUACCUUCUGUUCACGGAGCUGCUCACAGAGACCUAUUCGAUACGACGGAUUUGUCCCGCCACAACAAAUCUUCCUCUUCUGAAAGUGCCUUGAAGUCUGUCACUCCCACCAACAUGAGUAGCAGGUCGCUGAGUCCCAGACCCGGUACCAGCGGGGGCGGAGCAUCGGUCACUCCAAUACCCGGCCUCCUGGUCAACUCCUCGAAAAGCGGUAGUAGUUCCAAAGAGCAGCGCCGCAACGAUACCUGCGAGUAUUGCGGCAAAGUCUUCAAGAACUGCAGCAACCUCACUGUUCAUCGGCGGUCUCACACAGGCGAAAAGCCAUACAAGUGCGAGCUGUGUAGCUAUGCGUGCGCGCAGAGCUCGAAACUAACACGACACAUGAAGACACACGGACGUCUGGGAAAGGACGUCUACCGGUGCCGAUUCUGCGAUAUGCCCUUCUCGGUGCCGAGCACUUUGGAAAAACACAUGAGGAAGUGUGUCGUGAACCAAAACGCGACCGGUGUUUCCUACAUGGACAGAGACUCGGAUUCCAAAGAUCUAACGUGAGACUAAUAACGUCACCACUGACCCUAAAUAGAAGAAUUUAAAUCUAAGAUAUUAUUUUUCAAUUUCUAUGUGAUGUGGAAUUUCUGGUUUAUUUUUGGGGCCUUGGGCCCGCCGUGUUCAAAGACUCUCCUAUAUUUAAAGACUGACCCCGAAUAAUGGGAUUCGCAAAGAGUCGUGCGUGAUCGUGUAAGCGUGUGUUCUUGUGUGUCGGUUUUAAACCUAAAUCACACACUAUCCUAUAAAUAUUUAAGAAGAAAAAAAUACGAAUACAAGCCUUCCCUCACUGUUGUAUGAUGACCACGUGUUACAUUUUUCUAUGUGUGACUAAAACUCGACUUUUAAAGUAAAGAGUUUUUAGUUAUAAAAGUUUGAGUAUUCGUUAGGCAUAGAUAUAGACUGUUUUUGAAAUGUCUUUUUAGCGUUUUGAUAUAAAAAAUUAAUACGAUAGGUCUCUAAAUUUCUGGACCUAUUUUUCAUUGAGUGCUUCUGUUUUUCAUUUUAUGCUACGGACCAAAAUAUAUUUUAAGAUUCCCUCCCCUACAAAAGGAAAUAUAAAGUCUGCUGCGUAUUAUUUCCUUCAGUGUCUGAAGCUAAGUGAUUCGAGUACUUAUCUUUUUUAAGCUGCUUAAAGUUGAAUUAACUGGUUACGUUAUUCGUUGUUAUGUUAACAAAUUAUCUUUCAGAAAUUUUCAUUGUUGGGAAAGGACUCAUUCAGAGUUAGUGCUUUCGAGAAUAAUAUCUAGUCUUUAUUCAGAGAUAAACGCAAAUAAUAGCAUCUCUUAUUUCAGUAAGUCAUUUCGUUAUGAAGUGAUUUUAAUUAACAAGAUGGACAAUCACAAGAGAUUGUUAAUAAAAUUUUUGUCCUUUUCAGAUACAUAUUUAUACUUUUUUAAAGCAACGUUCGAUUGUUCUCCGAAUUCAGCAGUUACAAGAGAUCACGGAAAAGUUUAUUUUAAAUAUAUCCCAAAUCCUGUAUUCAUGUAUUUUUCAAAGACUUUGCUUUUAUUGUGUGUGAUUACUUUCAUUUCUUGUAGAUGUUUGUACUUCAUUAUGCUUAUAAUUACACAAAAUACUAUUGUAAGAAAUAUCAUUUUAUAUAUUAAUUAAUUUUCAUGUAUGAUUUUUUUUAAAAAGUUAACUAAAUUAUCCAUUUAUUUAAAUAAUCCAUUUAUUUAUUUAAAUUCUUUCUACAGCAAAUAGGCUAAUAGCAGUGAGUGCUAGUGACUUUUAAAUCAAUCAUUUAUUUUCCUUUGCUUGGCAUUUUUUCUUUCACUUUUAGUCAGCAGAUACAGCAACAAGCAGGCAUAUUAAAUGACAUGAAUUAUUUAUAUCUUUUUUAUAAAAGAAAUAUGUUAUCAUAUUCUGAAAUAUUGCCAUGCAGUGUUGUGAAAUUUCGAUCGAAAACUUUCAGGUGUGUUACUAUUGUGGCAAUAACACUGGUGACUAUGUAUUGUAAUUAACUACAUUAACUUACUAUAAAUCUUUGGGUAUAAUUAAAAACCCAUUUAACCGCAAAUACCUCUGCUAAUUCCUAUAUGUAAGCAAGGUCUCGGUUCUAAACGUAAAUACAUAUCACCAUUUAAUACUGAAUAAAAAUAAUAAAUAAUUUUGAAUAAUGUUUGUGUGCAUAAAUGUAAGGAAAAUUAUCUAUUUCCAUUCUAAGUACUUGUAAAUUUUGCCUUAUUUGCAAGCAACACACUUCAAAAACAAUUCAUUGCGAUUUUUCAUACAAUCAAUAAAUCCUUAAUUUUUCUAAAAAUUUAUCCAUUUUAGCCUCAUUUAAUUAUUUAAACUUAUUUCUGUUUAGUUAUUUCUAAAAACGUCUUAUUUUUAACAACGUUUCUCCUCAAUCUUUUUUACCAAAUUAUACACAAUAAAACGUAAGCAGUAUUAUUUGGACCAUAGUUUCAAAAUUACUGCUGCCAAUAAUUUAUUAAAAUAUAUUUGAAUUAACUUUGUAAUUUAUUUUAAUACAUUUUCUAACCCGAUUUUUCCAAACGGUUAUAUUUUAAAAUUAAAUCUUCUUUUAAAAUAUUUCAAAAAGCAGUUUUUAACAAAAUAUUACUGAAUGGGGUUUGUAAAAUCUGACUGAAAAUUUUAAUAUGUAGGAGAAAUUACAUUUUAUAAAUUGCUAAAAUUUCUAAAAUUUACCUGUUUCUUAGCAAAUAUUUUAUUUUUGAAGAGAUUUUUAGACCAGUUACCGACGAAUUAUCUUCAAUUAUAAUUAUCUUUAAUAUUAAGUUUUGAGCAAACAUAAAAAUACCGCUGUCCUUAAUAUCUUUACCAUUUAAUUUUAAUCUAACAUUUGUUUAGUUCUUUUUUCUUUUCCUCAUACCUUUGUUCAAUACUAACUUUGCUCUUGGUUAUAAAAUCUCAAGCGAAGCAUAGUAACUAUCAUGUAGAUAUUUCCUUACAUUUAUCCUUAUAUUUAAUUCAAUAUAAAGCAUGACUUUUUGUGUAGCUGUUCUUAUGCAUGUUGAAUAUCUCCUCAUGCUUAGACUAUGUGUGAUAUGCAUUUACAAAACAGAGAUCAGAGAUUUUGCUUUUGCUGUCCUAGCUCACCAGGGUGACGGUCUAGUAAGUACUGCUUCUUGGAUACUGCAGUAAAAGAUUCCUAUUAUCUGGUACGUGCAAGAGUACACAGUUUGGUAUUCAAGCAUCUGAAAUUGUAAUAAAUGUCAGCCACUUUCACUGCAGAUUUUGCAAAUUUUUCUCUAUAUAUUAAAAGAAACUAUACCAAUAUCGAUUAUUUGAGAGAUGAAAAAUGGCUAUCAAACUCGAUAAUAAAGCAUUUGUGAAUUACAGUAAGUUGCAGUUUACAUAAAAAUUUUAUAAGUCUUGAAAAUGAUCCAUGAUCUGCUUGCAUUUAUUUAUCGCUGCUUGCAUUUAUUUUAAAAAUUAUUCAAAUAAAUUAUGUACUAAUUAUCACUGGGAUCAACAAAAUAGUCUUUAUUAACAAAUAAGCUUUUGUAUCACAAAAAAUUCUAAAAUUUUUAUCCAGAUAAAUGAGGUAAAAUUAUAAGUGAAAAAUAUCCUCUUAUUUAUUAAAUCACAUAAAAUACAAAGAUGAUUCACUUGAAAAAACUAGAACGUAAUGUAUAUUUUUGGUUAUACAAAUAAAAUUCUCUUGGCCCUUUUAAUACGAUAAUAUUAAAAGUAUUCAAUUUAUUGCAUGUGGUACACUUAGGGAAUUCAAAUUUAGUUCUUUACUUUUCAUUGAAAAUAUGUUAAAAUUCAAUGAAGCAUGCGGUUUAGGUGCAUUGAUCAUAAAAUUUGCUAAUUAAGAUGCGAUGCCCACGUAACUUGCUUACGUUUAAUAUGCUUACCACUGAGGGCUUUCUAAGUAAAACCGUUUAAUAUCCCAUCACAAUAAAGAGCAUAGAUAAAAGCCUCGUGUCCAGCAAUGCCCAAAACUAUGAUACCCUUGAAUACUGAUAGUCAGGCUGUAACCUCACGAAACUCAAUUGGAAUCUUUCAGUUGGUUAUACAUGCUUUAUUUCUUAACAAAUUAACAGAUAACGCUUAAAAUUUUGGAAUAUCAACACAAAAAUAUCGAUAAGAUAUUUAAAUCCAAUUAAAAGUGCAGAAUUAUAGUAAUUUGAUAAUAACUAUUAAUUGGAAUUGUAAUUUGAUAAUUGAUAAUCUAUAAUUUGAUAAUUGUAAUCUGAUAAUUGAUAGUUUUAAUAAUUGUAGUAUGAUAAUUGAUAAAUGAUAAUUUUAAUUUGUAAUUUUGCAUAUCUGCAGCGUAAGUGAAAAUUCAUGACAAAAUUUUGAUUGACGAUGUUUGCUGAAGAAAGUCUGUUGAAAGAGUAUUUAAAACUAAAUGGUGUACUCUACUUUUCCUAUUUCGGACCUCAUAACUGCUAGUUUGCUCUCAAUUUGGGGCAGCUAAAAACUAAUGUAACCUACCUCUAAACAAUCUAUAAAUAGUAAUGGUGUGUACUCUAAUUUCUUAUGGUUUACUAACUAUUUUUACUGCACGUUUCGAAUAUUUAGAUGGACUAUCUUUGAUGAACUAAUUAUCUAGCACUAUCGUUGCCAGUUUAUGAAGAAAAAAAAAAUUCUUCAUGUGUGGUGUGUUUCAUACUAACAAAAUUUAUUCGCGUCCUUGUACAGAAUACAGUUGGUGUUGUUUCAAUUUGCUGUCCACAGUUUUCAUUUUGUGAGGCUGAUAUCAGGAAAUUUAGAUCCGAUACAAUUUGGUUAAUCAAUAUCUGUGUGAUUCAAUUUAAUUAUAUCAUUGAUUUUUUACACGAAACGGACAUUUGAUUAUUCCUAAUCGAUUUGCUCAAAUAGUGUGAAAUGACAUUUGUGUAGUAUGCUUCGAAUUUCAGAGUGUUUAAUUGUGUUAGAUUCAUUUUUGUAUUUUGUAUAUAUAAAGAAGCAUAGUGUUAACUAGUUCAUGCGUAAGCCAUAUAUCUUAAUAAAAAUGCAUUCAUUUACAGAGAUCUUCGUUCAAGGUAUUAGCUGCCGAAGUUCUUUUGGCUUGCUUCUAAAAUGCGCUUGGCGCCAUCUAUUAGAAAUGUUUUGUACUAAAUCGGAAUCUGUAUACAUAAAUUAGAAUUAUGUAUAGUCUAGUUUGUUAACGCUAUGCUUUAUCAAAAGUUCUUAAAGUUCACUAUUUGAAGUUUGUUUAAUUAUUAGCGGCUGAAUUUCCUUUUAAUAUUUGUUAUUUAUCCAAGUUCUUCCAUUUGUAGUUACAUCUAUGUUGAAAUUAUAGAAAAAUGUGUUUUUAAUACUACAAAUGAUUUCCGAAUUUAAGAUCAUUUAAAUGACUCAAAAAGUGCAAUAAAUAAAAACUUAAAGGUUCAAAGGAAGAACCUCACUAACUAUUAAUUUGGUUGAAAAGGUUAUAUUCAUUCUAUGUGAUGUGUUUUAAAUAUGUUUUCAAUGAUGUAUUUUAAAAUGCCAUGUUAUAAAUUUCUUAUAUAUCUUACUGUGAGUUAAAAAUGCAUCACGUUCUUGUAUAUUCACAUGCACUGCUACGCACGUGGUUUAAUGCAUCUGAUGAUUCUUAUUUUACUAAGUCUUUUUUUCCAUCAAAUGUGAAUAUGAAAUAAAGUUAUCGAACAUUUGUAUAUUUCCAAGCAGCAUCCAGUAGUGAAAACAUUUUUACAGCGGCUAUUAUUGAAGUGAAUAAACAUUUUUAAAGACUCAUUUUUUAAAUGCACAUAACUCAGAUAUUUUACUGGAAAACUAAGGAAAUUAGUUACAAGAAUUAUUAUUGCUAAGAGCCAUCGAACAAUAUUUCUUCAUUCAAUCAUACAAAUGAAAUGACUAUGUUAAUUUUUUAUUCAUUAUUUUAUGUAUAAAAGCAUAAAUAUUUUUUAAAAUUUCAUGGAAGAAAGGCGUGAUAUAUAUCUCUAAGAAAUUUUGCUUUUUACAUACGGAAGAUAAUUUGAUUUUUUUUAAUUUUUUGAUUCAUUGUAAUUUUUAAUUAUGAAUUCGCUUGUUAAGUGUUAUAGAUAUGUAAGAGUGGAAAGAGAUUUUUAUAAAAUGUGUGCAACAUCUCGAACUUAAAUUUUAAUAAUAUUUUAUAAAUCCAAAAUUCUAAAGAAAUAAAUACUGUUUCAUUCUAAAUUAACGAUGCACAUAAGGCAGUAAGUAACAAAAUUAUUUUAAUCACUAACAUGUUUACAAUAACCAUAGAAACUGCAUUUUAAUUGAUCUCUGAUUUCUUACUUCACAUUUUUCAAUAAGCGCUUAGAUAAGUUUUAAAUACAAAAACUUAAUUAAAUAAUAUAGAUAGUUUACUUCAUCGGUAUAUUUCGCCGAGUUUGUGCCAAAACAUUUUAAUCAAAUAUAUCUAUAUUUAUUAAAAGGAAAAUUUUAUUUCAUUUAUAUCAGUUACAAAUGCAGUUUAAAUUAAAUGCAUUAAAAUUCUCCUUUUAUAGUUUAUACAUAAUUAUAAUGAUGAUAAUAAUAACAAUAAUAAAGGAACUUUAAUUUUAAAGGUAAAUUUAUUUUGCCUCUUUCUGAAAUUAACAAGCUGCUUCUUUACAUAUAAUCUGAAACCAUUUGCUUAAAAAUAACAAAAUUUUAACUUAAAAAAGGUAUAAAAUAUUACUAUUACAUUACAAGUUUAAACAAAUACCUGGAAAAAAAUCUUUCUAUUUUCUGAUAUUGAGUGUUUGUUAACAAACUGAAUUAUCAAAACUCCAACUAAUAUUAAAUACUUACUAUAUACACUUUUAUUUAAUUCGGAAACCAUAUUGUAACAAAACACCAGUUUUCAUUAAAAAUUGUUAUAUCUAUUAAACCUCACCUAAAGCUUAAUUUCAUAUCUUAAAUCAUGCUUACGCAUCACAUGUAACAAUACAACUAUUUUCCUAUCAUUGGAGGGUAUAUUAUAAAGUAUAAUUAUUAUACGCGAAGACAACUUUUUCUCAUUUCUUCAUAUGCGUUACUAAAAUAGAAAGUUUCAUUUUUAUAUCUAAAACAACUGUGAAUCGUGGAUUAUUUUUCCAUAGACAUUUAUGUAUUUAUCAAUGAGAGAGCGAGAGAGAGAAGAGAGACACGUAAGUCAUAAAUCCUGAACGACUUUUUGUGAUUUUGCACCCGUGCUGUAAUAAGUAGCAUUUAGAGAAAGAAAAGAGUACAGAAACUUGUUGGCCUUACGUUUUCUUAAGAGGUUUGUUAAUUGAUAUUGAAUUGAUUAAUCUCAUUACAUGCAUGUUCUUGUACAUUACUAUGUUGUGAAAACAGAUUUUUAUUUAUGGACGAAGAUUGAAUAUAAAUUAAAAUCUUGCUGGAAUGGA